AUGACUGUGAAUGUGGUCCUGGGGACCAAGAAGAGGCCAGGAGAGCUGCCACAACCUGUCUGCACAGCAGAACUAGAAUCAGCAUCAAAAGCCAUGGUAAGCGGAAAAUAUAAGCAUGAUGCUGCCUCUGAGCUGAGGAAAGGCGGUCCCUACAGGGCCAGUGACCCCGGCCCAGAGAAGAAGCCGGACGACAUGUGUACAUCCAUCCUGGGCUCCAGCAUUGCGGGGCACGUGGACAGCGAGCUGCUGCAUGGACCCCACUCCCUCCAGCAUGACCCCCCCUUUCCUGAUGCAUACUACUUUUUAGUGGUCCUAGAAAUGGAACAAGACAACGAGAGCACUGCCCAUUGUGUGGCUCAGCCAAUUAGGCAUUACCUGAUGUUACUGAACAUGGCCAUCCCUUCACUCUCAGAUGGGAAUACUUUCGCCAUAAAAGAUUCUUUUUCAUUGCACUUGACUGGAUUCUGGUUUUCUAGCCAGCGUUCAGUUAUUCGUCCACUAACUACACAUGGAGAAGGCCCUGAAGACACAGCCUGCUCGUCCCAGCUCAGCUGCAAGGCGUCCAGACAUCACAAGGCUGACGAGCAUUGCAGGUGUUGGAACGCAGAUGCACUGGUGCAUUCGCCAGUGAAAGGUGAACAACUGCCCCAGGGGGCUCAGCAACAGCCUCGCAGAAGUGGCCCCGAUGGACGCAAGCUGGAGAAUGAGCAGGAGCUGGUCACUUCCACAUCUAAUAAUGAGAAAACAUCAGACAAACCCAAAUGGAAGGAUGUUCUACAACAUACUGAACAGUACUCUUCAGAGUGUCAAAGUCAUGAAAAACAAGGAAAGACUGAGAAACUGUCAAAGAUCAAAGGAGACUACAGAGACAGGACAAUUGAAUGA